CCUCCAUUUUCUUAUAAACCAGCGCGAUGUCGCACAGAAAGUUCAGCGCACCGCGACAUGGGUCCAUGGGAUUCUACCCCAAGAAGAGGUCAAGGCGUCAUCGUGGAAAGGUAAAGGCCUUCCCCAAGGAUGAUCCUAACAAGCCGGUGCAUUUGACGGCUUUCGUCGCCUACAAAGCUGGUAUGACCCACGUUGUGAGGGAAGCCGAUCGACCUGGUUCAAAGGUCAACAAGAAGGAGAUUGUCGAAGCAGUAACAAUUUUGGAAACACCACCAAUGAUCGUUGUAGGUGUUGUCGGUUACAUCGAAACCCCACAUGGUCUUCGGGCUCUCACCACCGUUUGGGCAGAGCAUCUUUCUGAAGAUUGCCGCAGACGUUUCUACAAAAACUGGUACAAGAGCAAGAAGAAGGCUUUCACUAAGGCCUCCAAAAAAUGGCAGGACGAUCUUGGUCGCAAAUCGAUCGAGAAGGACUUGAAGAAAAUCGUCAAGUACUGCAAAGUCGUUCGCGUCAUUGCCCACACUCAGAUGAAACUCUUGAGGCAAAGGCAGAAGAAGGCUCACAUCAUGGAAAUCCAGUUGAACGGUGGAACCAUCGAGCAGAAGGUCCAGUGGGCUCGUGAACAUUUGGAGAAACCAGUUCCAGUAAAUAAUGUUUUCGCAGCUGACGAGAUGAUUGAUGUCAUCGGUGUGACUAAAGGAAAGGGAUACAAAGGUGUCACUUCCCGUUGGCAUACAAAGAAACUCCCGAGGAAGACUCACAAGGGUUUGAGGAAGGUUGCUUGUAUUGGAGCCUGGCAUCCAAGCAGAGUGUCCUUUACAGUCGCCCGUGCUGGUCAGAAGGGUUACCACCACAGAACGGAAAUGAACAAGAAGAUCUACAGAAUCGGACAGGGAAUCCACACCAAGGACGGAAAGAUCGUGAAGAACAAUGCAUCGACCGAAUACGACCUAACGGAGAAGACCAUCACACCCAUGGGAGGUUUCCCUCAUUAUGGUGAGGUCAAUAACGACUUCAUUAUGCUCAAGGGUUGCUGUGUUGGACCUAAGAAGCGUGUCAUAACUCUCAGAAAAUCUCUUCUGGUUCAUACAAAGCGUGCUGCUCUUGAGAAGAUCAAUCUCAAGUUCAUCGAUACCAGCUCCAAAUUUGGACACGGUCGUUUCCAAACUGCUGCCGACAAGGCUUCCUUCAUGGGUCAACUCAAGAAGGAUCGUAUUCGCGAGGAACAAGCGGCAACCGCCGCUACUCCUGCUGCCGCGGCCGCGCAGUAAUGAUCGUACUUUUUGUAUGAUUGAAACAAUAAAAAAUGUAAAAGUUCUAAA